AUGCUCAAAGCUGUGAUCCUGAUUGGAGGCCCUCAAAAGGGGACUCGCUUCAGGCCUUUGUCAUUUGAGGUGCCCAAACCCCUGUUUCCUGUGGCGGGGGUGCCUAUGAUCCAGCACCAUAUUGAGGCUUGUGCCCAGGUCCCUGGGAUGCAGGAGAUUCUGCUCAUUGGCUUCUACCAGCCUGAUGAGCCCCUUACCCGGUUCCUGGAAGCUGCCCAGCAGGAGUUUAACCUUCCCAUCAGGUACCUGCAGGAAUUUGCCCCUCUGGGCACAGGGGGUGGUCUCUACCAUUUUCGGGACCAGAUCCUAGCUGGAAGCCCUGAAGCCUUCUUCGUGCUCAACGCUGACGUCUGCUCCGACUUCCCGUUGAGCGCCAUGUUGGAUGUCCACAGACACCAGCCACACCCCUUCUUGCUCCUUGGCACCACGGCUAAUAGGACACAGUCCCUCAACUACGGCUGCAUUGUAGAGAAUCCACAGACGCAUGAGGUCCUGCACUAUGUGGAGAAGCCCAGCACGUUCGUCAGUGACAUCAUCAACUGCGGCAUCUACCUCUUUUCCCCGGAAGCCCUGAAACCCCUCCGAGAUGUCUUCCAGCGAAAUCAGCAGGAUAGGCAACUGGAGGACUCUUCAGGCCUAUGGCCCGGGGCAGGUACCAUCCGCCUGGAGCAGGAUGUGUUCUCCGCCCUGGCCGGGCAGGGCCAGAUCUACGUGCACCUCACUGACGGGAUCUGGAGCCAGAUCAAGUCCGCAGGCUCAGCCCUUUAUGCCUCCCGCCUCUAUCUGAGCCAGUACCAGCUCACUCACCCAGAACGCCUGGCCAAGCACACGCCAGGGGGUCCACGGAUUCGAGGAAAUGUUUACAUCCACCCGACGGCUAAGGUGGCCCCAUCGGCAGUGCUGGGCCCCAACGUCUCCAUCGGGGAGGGAGUGACCAUAGGUGAGGGCGUGCGGCUCCGAGAGAGCAUCGUCCUCCACGGAGCCACACUGCAGGAGCACACGUGUGUUCUGCACAGCAUCGUUGGCUGGGGGAGCACCGUGGGGCGCUGGGCCCGCGUGGAGGGUACCCCCAAUGACCCCAACCCCAACGACCCCCGAGCCCACAUGGACAGUGAGAGCCUGUUCAAGGACGGGAAGCUGCUGCCCGCCAUCACUAUCCUAGGCUGCCGCGUCCGGAUCCCUGCCGAGGUGCUCAUCCUGAACUCCAUUGUUCUGCCACACAAGGAGCUGAGCCGCAGCUUCACCAACCAGAUCAUCCUCUGA